GUCGAUGCACUUCAGGCUGAAGAGAUUGUGGGAGCUUGCGGACUUGAGCCACCAUUGCCAGCCAGUGUGAUCGUUUGGAAUAAACUGUCACAAUGCGCUGCAAGUUAUCCCGGAGUACUCUCCACCGAACAGCUUGCUUAUCCUGCCGGAGGGAGAUACUUAGAGCAUAUUCAACAAGGUGCACAACGAUUCGAAAUGCUGCACACGCGCAGCUUAAUGGAGCAUCUGUUGCCCAAAAAAGACACAUAACCCAGCAACAUCUACGUCGCACGGCUGAAGCUGAGGAGCAAUGGAAGCUUCAGGCAAAGGAAAUCGAAGCCGGAAGAAAGCAGAGCUUCCUAUCAUUCCUUGAGGAGCGAGGGCUUGUUAAUUCUGUUGUUGGACAGCGAGAUGCACUAGAUAAGUUAAUAACGCGAAAACGGGUAGGAUUUUAUGCUGGCGUCGAUCCUACCGCACCGUCUCUUCAUAUUGGGCACAUGCUCCCGUUUAUGAUACUAGGGUGGGCAUAUGUCCAUGGGCUGAAAGCAGUUUUCCUUAUUGGAGGAUCAACUGCAAAAAUUGGCGAUCCAACAGGACGUCUAGAAGGACGACCACUCAUGGAUGGUGCCACCCGAAGAGCAAAUAUAGCUAAUAUACAUCUCCAACUCAAAAGGCUUGGUUUCUCAUUCGAAAAGUACGGCCGGAAACAUGGGUUUGAAUGGGAAUGGGCCUGGAGACGGGCAUUGGAAAACAACAACACAUGGUGGAAUAAGCAGUCACUCAAGGAGGUGAUGGAAGUAUUGGGCACUUCUUUGAGACUGGGGCCGAUGUUAGGUCGUGACUAUGUGAAAUCUCGACUAGCAAGUGGCGAGGGCAUGUCAAUCGCGGAAUUUUGCUACCCUAUUAUGCAAGGAUGGGAUUUCUGGUACCUUUUCCAACGCAAGGUACAAGUUCAAGUUGGAGGAUCGGACCAAUAUGGCAAUAUUCUAUUCGGCAUGGAUGCUAUCAAGGGAAUCCUUAAAGCGAAUCCAGAAAGUGAAUGGGCUCCGAAGAAAGACGAAGAUCCUGAUCUUGCCAAUCCCUACGGAAUCACCACUCCCCUUCUUACCACUGCGUCUGGUGAGAAGAUUGGAAAGUCAGCCGGCAAUGCGGUUUGGCUCGACAAAGACAUGACUUCUUGCUACGAUCUUUACCAGUACUUUGUUCGAGUUGCCGAUAGUGAUGUCGAGCGGUAUCUGAAAAUGUUUACAUUUGUACCAACCCCCGCGAUUAAAGAGCUUAUGGAAGAACACGCCAAGGACCCUUCUAAGCGAGUAGCCCAGCAUAAACUUGCGCGUGAAUUCGUUGAACUCAUUCACGGAUCCCUGAGUGCUGAGCAAGCAGCCAAGGAUCACCGGACUCUCUUUAUGACAAAAGCCUCAGCCGGGGCCCCGGAGGGCUUGGCUGCAGAGAUAGAACAUGCAGAGACGGACAACGCUGAGGGAAAACAUCAGAAGCUGCAUGCGUUCGAGACGGCAACGCCACACAUUAUACUUCCGCGAUCCCUCGUUAUAAAUCAGUUCUUUCACAAAGUACUAUGGUCUGCUGGGAUGGUAUCCUCCAAAUCCGAAGGUUUCCGUUUAAUUGUUAAUAAUGGAGUGCACGUCGCAAGCCGUUCAGAUUCCCGUGAGGUCAUGGGGGAUGGCGUUUCGUAUAUUCCUGUCAAGACCUGGCCGGCGAAUAUUACAGAGAAGUUCGUUAUUGAUGGACGGCUGCUGAUUUUGAGGAUUGGAAAAUGGAACCUAAAGAUCAUCAAGAUUGUUCCCGACAGUGAGUAUGCGAAGAUGGGACUGAAUGCGCCUGGUUGGGAGGAGCAUGAAUCGCCGGAAGAGCGCGCAAACGAUAAAAAGUUGUUCACCGGGCGGAAGAUUAAAGGACAUCGUGUCAAACUGCCGGCGUUUGCUCAAAUCCCGAAGCCUGAAAUCAAACAUUGGACGCCGGGAAACCCCAUAGGGGUUCUACCCAAAGAUGGUGAUGAAUAGCGGAGAAAUAUUCACGAUAUGUACUAUAACUGGAUCUGCCCUUCUGGCAUUCUGUCAAGCGCAUCUCGCGUAUAUGUGUAUAUUCUAUGGCCUGUACUAUUAGCAUUACGAUUACUAUUACUAUUAUUUAGAGCAUGGACACUCUAGACCGGG